AUGACAUCAACGUCGUUAUCUUACUACGAGUCGGACUGGUCCGGGGGCGAAAUGCAGGUCAUGUACCCGGCAUAUCGAAUGAGGACAUUCGACUACAUGUACACGAUCUUACCGGUUCCCAAGCAUCCCAGCAUGGCGCUACGCUUCAUGUUCUACGCAACAGGUGCGCCGACGAGCGCAACCCAUAUCGUGGGGAAGUUCCCCAGGUAUCAGAUUGAAGAGAGCCAGUACUCAUACGACGAGCCUUAUGAGACGAGAUAUACCGAUCAGGGGGCAGAUGUGUAUUGGUCGACGGCGAGAGGCACUUACAACCUUCUUCGCUACUGGGGAGUUCAAUUGGAUCAAUAUGGACAGGAGGAGGGUCUGGAGGCUGAGAUGGAGAGUGUUGUUGACGAAGCUGCCGGAUAUGGGACGACGUAUUUGUCGCCUCAUGAUGGACAUUAUGAUCCGGUGCAGCAAGACGCUCAAUAUGAUGUGGGUGAUGAGAAUGUUGAUGAGGAGCCAGUGAUGGCUGGAGGGCGGUCUGACGGCGGAGGUUCGCAGGCAGAAGGCUAG